CGCAGUUUUAACAGAGAAGGCAACCAUGGGUAUCUCUCGUGACUCAAUCCACAAGAGGCGUGCCACUGGUGGCAAGCAGAAGAAAUGGAGAAAGAAGCGAAAGUACGAGAUGGGAAGGCAGCCUGCUAACACAAAGUUGUCAAGCAACAAGACGGUCAGAAGAAUCAGAGUUCGUGGAGGUAAUGUCAAGUGGCGUGCGUUGAGACUUGACACUGGUAACUACUCUUGGGGAAGUGAAGCAGUUACCCGCAAGACCAGAGUCUUAGAUGUUGUCUACAAUGCCUCCAACAACGAGUUGGUCCGUACAAAGACACUUGUGAAGAGUGCCAUUGUUCAGGUUGAUGCUGCUCCUUUUAAGCAGUGGUAUCUCCAACACUAUGGUGUUGAGGUUGGUCGCAAGAAGAAGAGUGCUGUUUCCACAAUCAAGAAGGAAGGAGAGGAUGGUGAAGAAGCUGCUGCUGCUGUUCCUGAGGAGACCAAGAAGAGCAACCAUGUCCUUAGAAAGAUUGAGAGCCGACAAGAAGGUCGCAGUCUUGAUUCCCACAUUGAGGACCAGUUUGCAAGUGGUCGUUUGUUGGCUUGCAUCUCAUCAAGGCCUGGCCAGUGCGGACGUGCUGAUGGAUACAUUCUUGAAGGGAAAGAAUUAGAAUUCUACCAGAAGAAGAUCCAGAAGAAGAAGGGAAAGGGUGCUGCUUAAAAAGCUUUCUCUUUGCCUUUGUUCUUUAAACAUGUUUUGAGUAUUUACUGUCUGAGAACUUUUGUUUUUGUAUUAACUUGCUUAUGGUAUCUAGUAAACUUGGAUUUUUUUUUGGUUCAUUUUGAAAUAUCACUAAAUGAAUUUUUGGUACCUACUGUCAAACUGCAUCAAUCCGGUUAGGUCUUUUAAACCGGUUUGUUUCUUUCAAAAU